UCCCUCCGCCGCUACUGGAGGAAACUGCAGCCACGUGAUUCCGACGUCACCAGCGAAAUGGCUGCCUCCUGUUAGUAAACUAACCCUCCCGACUUGUUGUUAAAUACGUUUAUAUAUUUUUCUCCUUAAAAGCAAGAACUACUUUUGCACCACAAAGUUUUAGGAGAUAAACAUGUCUCCAAAGAUCACAGGAGAGCUGCUCAGGCAUCUCCGCCAGGUGAUGAAGAAUUGUAAAUACGUUACCGAGCCACUUCAAGCUUAUAUUAUCCCCUCUGGUGAUGCCCACCAGAGUGAGUACAUUGCACCAUGUGACUGCAGACGUGAGUUCAUCUGUGGUUUCAACGGCUCAGCAGGUACAGCCAUUGUCACAGAGCAGUACGCCGCCAUGUGGACUGAUGGGCGUUAUUUCCUUCAAGCCACCCAGCAGAUGGACAACAACUGGACCCUUAUGAAGAUGGGACUGAAAGAGACACCCUCUCAGGAGGACUGGCUGAUUAGUGUCCUGCCAGAGAACUCCAAAGUGGGGGUCGACCCUUGGAUCAUAGCUGCAGAUCAGUGGAAAGCGAUGUUUAAGGCAUUGAACAAUGCGGGCCACUCUCUCAUAGCAGUGCAAGAAAACCUCAUCGAUGUGGUGUGGCGUGACCGUCCACAAAGACCCAGCACGCAGCUUCGUACUUUGGGAUUGGACUACACUGGUAUGUUAUGGCAAGACAAGAUCACAGCUCUACGUGCAAAGAUGUCAGAGCGAAAAAUCUCCUGGUUUGUUGCCACAGCACUGGAUGAGAUAGCCUGGCUUUUCAACCUCCGUGGUGCAGAUAUUGAGUAUAACCCUGUCUUCUUUGCAUAUACCAUUGUAGGGAUCAACACAAUAAGGCUUUUUGUGGACAUAAAGCGUCUAGCUGACCCAGCAUUGAGACAGCAUCUGCAGCUAGACUCGCCAUGCAAGCCUGAGCUUCACAUUCAGACGUUGCCGUACGAAUCAGUUUAUACCGAGCUGCAGGCCAUCUGCGCCAUGCUCGGCCCCAAAGACAAAGUGUGGAUCUGUGACAAAGCCAGUUGUGCUCUCACGCAGGUCAUCCCCAAGGCCCACAGGUCCUCCAUUCCUUAUACACCCCUCUGCCUCGCCAAAGCAGUGAAGAACACAACAGAGAUUCAAGGCAUGAAAACAGCCCAUAUCAAGGAUGCAGUUGCUCUUUGUGACCUCUUUGCUUGGUUGGAAAAAGAGAUUCCAAAAGGCUCUGUAACCGAAAUCUCAGCUGCUGACAAGGCUGAAGAACUACGCAGUCAGCAGAAAGAUUUUGUCGGCCUUAGUUUCCCAACAAUUUCCAGCGUUGGGCCCAAUGCAGCAAUUAUACAUUACAGGCCACUGCCUGAGACCAACAGAACCCUCACCGUCAAUGAAGUUUACCUGAUUGACUCUGGAGCUCAGUACAUUGAUGGCACCACAGACGUUACCCGCACCAUGCACUUUGGGACUCCAACUGCAUAUGAAAAGGAAUGCUUUACUUCUGUACUUAAGGGACACAUUGCUGUCAGUGCUGCUGUUUUCCCCAACGGAACUAAAGGGCACCUGCUGGACUCAUUUGCGCGAGCCGCACUGUGGGAGUCAGGCCUCGACUACCUUCAUGGUACAGGUCAUGGUGUUGGCUGCUUUCUUAACGUUCACGAGGGACCCUGCGGUAUUAGCUACAAGACCUUCGCUGACGAACCUCUUGAGGCGGGCAUGAUCGUCAGCGAUGAACCUGGAUAUUAUGAAGAUGGAGCUUUCGGUAUCCGUCUUGAAAAUGUGGUCCUUGUUGUACCAACUUUGUCCAAAUACAAUUACAGAAGUAGAGGUAGCUUGACGUUUGAGCCCUUAACUCUGGUUCCCAUCCAAGUCAAGAUGAUCGACACAGAGCUGCUGACCCAGAAGGAGCGGGACUGGGUCAACAAGUACCACAGGACCUGUCUAGAGGUGGUGGGAGCGGAGCUGCAGCGUCAAGGCAGAAAAGAAGCGCUUGAGUGGCUCGUCCGGGAGACCCAACCCAUCGUGUGAGGGGACACUCUGGCCAAGCACACUGCGCCCCUGUGGAGUGAUCAUUGUUUGUACGUGUCUCAUCUUCCUUUGUGUCUCUUAUUUUGUAACACAUUGUAUCAAGAGUUUUAAUAAACAUCAGUGAAAAUCAA